AUGGAGUCUGACAGUAUCUAUGACAAUGUCCAUAAGCGUUACGGCUCAGUUGUCAGGAGCAGCACUGGGCAAUAUGAGAAGGCCGUCGCCAAAGCUUUUGGGUACACGGAAGACGAGCUUGCAGGCGUACCGGAAGAUGCUAAUCUGGGGCUGAGCUGUGGAAAUCCACACGCUCUUGCGAAACUGAGAGAAGUUGUCAUCCUUGGCGAAACUGUAAUCGAUCUGGGUUCAGGUGCUGGCUUCGAUGUUUUCUCGGCAGCAAAGCGGGUCGGGCUCGCUGGCGAGGCCAUUGGUAUUGACAUGAACAGAAAUAUGAUUGAUAAGGCCAAGAAGAAUGCAGAGAAAGCCGGCUGCAAGAAUGUCAAGUUUAUAGAGGGCCCUAUCACGUCAAUCCCUUUGCCUGACAAAGUCGCCGACUGUAUCAUGAGUAAUUGUGUCAUCAACCUCGUCCCUGCAGCAGAGAAGAACAGAGUUUUUCAUGAGAUUUAUCGCUUGCUGAAACCCGGGGGCCGAGUUGCCAUUAGCGACAUAUUGGCGCGCAAGGAGUUUACUGAGGGGAUCAAGAAGAACGUGGCCCUCUAUGUUGGGUGCGUUGCGGGAGCUAGCCAAGUUGUGGAGUAUGACGCGUUUCUCAGGGAUGCCGGGUUUGACAGUAGGUCCAUCAUUCCCAAAAAGCACCAAGAAUUUUAA